UGAAGAAUACCCUCCAAGCAGCUCAAGGUCAUCUGACAGAAGAGGAAGCAAGACUAGUAGGAACAGCUCAAGGAUAUUUAUACCCCCAAAGAAUCUUAUUGGCUACAAGUUCUUCAAGGAAUAUUCAAACUAUCUCUUACUAGGAAUGGAACUCUGCACUGGAGGGACUCUUCAGGAAUGGAUUCAGGAACAGAAAAAGAUUGACGACAAAUCUCCUGAGAAACAUGAUGAGGAGUGCUCUAUUAUUGUCAGAAAUAUCCUUGAAGGUAUCACAGAUCUUCAUGAUAGGUUCGAGAUGCUCCAUCGAGACCUCAAGCCUGCUAAUGUACUGUUUUUGAGAAGAAAUAACCUUGAUUCAGUAAAGAUUUGCGAUUUUGGAUUUGCUAAUGAAAAUGGAAUUGGAUUCUUUGAUCAAAAUAAUGACAAUGUUGGGACACCGUUGUAUCAACCUCCUGAGCAAAUGAAGUCUCAAGUUUAUGGCAAGAAGGUUGACAUCUGGGCUACAGGGAUUAUAAUGUAUGAACUCCUUACUAAAGGAGGCCAUCCCUUUCUUGGAAUUGAUUUUUAUAACAAUCUUGAGAUGGAAGUGGAAGAGUUUAAAACAAAAAUGAUGAAUCUGACAAACAACGACAAAAUCCCCAUUGAUGCCUCUUUGUUCUCCCCAAUGGCUCAUAAAUUACUUGAGAAUUUAUUGGACAUUAAUCCAAACUUCAGGUACAGCUCUCAAAGAGCACAAAAGCAUCCUUGGAUUACCAGAAAUUUUGAAGCGCAAGUCCCACUGAACUUGUUUGAAGAGAUGCAACUCAAUAUGAGAGCUUAUGAAAAGCUGAAAUUAGUUACAAGAACAGCAUAUGCAAUUUCAAUGAUAGGAGAUAAGAUCUUGAAGAAAGAAAUCGUCAAGGAAAUAAGAAAGAAUCCAAUCAAAUGUCAGAGUGGACUCGAACCAAAUAUUUUAUCCAGCAAGGACAGUGAUUCUUCACAAGACUCGCUUAAUAUGGACAAGAAUCUUUCAGGAGGGAAAAUAAAGCUAAUUUUUAAUGGCAUCUCAAUACCUAAGACAUCAUCAAAGAUUGACAGCAAGCAUAAAGACAGUCCUAAUAACUCGAUUAAGCACAAGGGAUUCCGGAUCAAGAAGCAUAAAGGUCUGAAGAAGAGACUCUUCAGUGCUAAUGCUCGUGAAGAAGAGAAGAAAGGUGAAGAUUCAUCCCAGAAAAACUUGCGGCCAUUAAAGGAAAAUAGAGGUAGAGAGAAACUCACUCAGCUUCCUCCUUUAGGGAAGUUCCUCAGUGCACAUUUGGGAAAUAAAAUUGGGAACAAUUAUGGAGCUCCUUUAAAAGCAGAGCACCCAAUACAGAAAUCUCACAAACCAAGCUCAAAAUUGAAAAAUAAUAGAUCUUUAGUAAAGAAAAAGAAAAAGCCAAAAAUCAGGAGAUUCAGCGAAUUUAAGGAUGUGGCAUCUGAAGACCACCUAUCAACUUAUUACAGGGUCAAUUCUAUUGAUAAUAAGAUGGCUUUCCCAAUAUCAGGGAAGGCGAAUAUGCAAUCUUGAUUGAUGCCAAAAUAAUUCAAAGAAAAUUAGAAGCAGGAAGAACAAGGUAUCUUCCCCAAAAAUGUUUCAAAAUGGGGUGAUGAACUCUGGAGCGUUCCAGCCAAUGCAAAAUAAAAUAGCCCAGACCCCUUUAAAAAUGAUGACAGAGAAGAAAUCUUCUAAAGGAAUUACCGUGACAAACAUCAAAUGGAAUGAUGCCUUUCGUGGGAAAAUUAGCAACUAUCAAUCAGCAAUAUCCAGUAUCCUUCAUAAGAACUCCCGAAGUACGAAGAAGCCAAGCUAUUAACAGAAAUAGAGUGUUACUUUACUAAUUAGUAUUUUAAUAAUUUGCUC